UAAGGGGCCCUUUGGAUACUGCUACUUUAUUGUUGAUGUAAGAAGCAUGGUGAAACCAGUGAUCAAAGCCACUGCAAAAACCAAGACAUCACAAGCAUAGCUUGCAAGUGUCUUUACUGACUGAGAAGCUAAAUUAUUUUCUGCCUAUGAAAGUUGGAAAAAUGUUCAGAAACCACUAUCAGGGGGGCCGGUUUGUUGAAAUAUUCAGUGCUCAAGGCAAGAACCCAGGAGCAAAAUGGAAGAUUUUUGGCAACCCAUCAGCUAUAUCAAAAGAAUACGACAAAGAAUUAAAAGGCUUUGUUUUUGUACUUGAAGGAAACAGUCUAAUCAACAAAAUGAAGCUACCAAGGGAAACCAAACAAACUUUGGGACUGGUGCAGCAAUAUCUGACACUUCAGAUUUUUGUGCCAUUGGGAAAAGACUUCGCCACUGAGUUACUGAUAACUGAUUUUGACAAUAUUAAAAGAAGAUUGUAUUUGUCAACGGUGCACAAGGAGUUGUCUGUAACCCCUCUGCAUGCCAAAAUUCCUCUGUUUAUGAUCAAGCGCAAAAUAUGGUGCAAUAUGUGUAUUGACUUGGUAACGUUUACCUAUGAAAUAUUCAGAGGAGCUCUCUUCCAGUCCUUGGAUGGAAUUACUAUUUCAGCCAACUGUAAGCUAAGAAAGGUCUUCACUUUAAAAUUCAAGCCUCCAGUUACAGCUGAGGAAGAUGGUGUGUUUUAAUUACUGUCUACUGAUGAAGUCUCAGAUGAUAUUCCUCCAACCUGCCAGCUCAAUUCUGAUGUCCCACAAGUUACACAACUGCUGAAUUUAAAGGAAAUUCACAAGCCAAAAACAAAAUUCUGGGAAAAGGCAGUGCAAGAAACAGGCAUUCUGGCUAAUAGAGGCCAAGGCAACACAUGCAAUGGUAAAACUCAGGAUGUAUCACAUAUUGCAUUUGGGUCAAAGAUCCUUGGGCCACCUCCAUCUUCAAACAAAAGAACCAAUGCAAAGGUACCUGGAAAGGUAACAAAGACCUUGGGUAGCAAAACAUCAUGCCAACUUCAAAAUUCAGGAACACCAACUGAAACCAUACCAGAAAAUGAGAGGUUGGAGUCACCACUGUGGCCAUGCAGUGAUACUUUAGAUCAAGGAGGCAAAAGAGGUACUCUCCAAACACCUGCAAAUGAAUAUCAAAAUGACCCUGAAAUUCCGACUCUGACAACACCUGUAAGUGGAGAAGCAGAUUUUCAGCUCACGUCUCCACAAGUACCAUCACCAGACAAGGACAGUCAUAUAAGAUUAUCUCCAAAAAAUGCAGCCAAAGCCACAUGGGAGAUAACCAAUGAUACAUGGGUGUUUCCAGAGAGGUUCACUGAGAGCAUUCAGUUGGAUAGCAAGGAGCAAUUUGAAGCUACUGCAAGUUCAGCCUGCUGUGAUUUACCCUCAGCCCAGAAUGCCUCUGUUGAGCCUCCCAACAAGGAAACAGCUGAUCACCAAAGGAGUAAGAAAGAGGUUUUCACAUUUUCAUCCAAACCUCGAUCAGCUCCUUAUGGAACAUCUCCCAACAUAUCCCCAGAAAGUUCCAUUUCCCCACUGGAGUUGGAGCCCGACAGUAACGGAGAACAGGAGCAAACCAAAACUGAAGAUAGCUUUGAAGGAGCUGACAGCAGUGAGGAGGAUGACAACAGUGAACUCAUCCAGAGUGCUGAGAACAUUGAGAACAGCCACAGCAGAGAAGGAACACCUGAUUCAGCAGUUUUUAAAGAGAUCCCAUUAAAUAAGAUGUCACAGGGAAAUGAAUACUGGAAGAAUAAGGAACACAGCAAAUAUAACUUCGAAGAGGCCGUCUUAUCAAAACCACAGAGUUCCACCAUGACAAAAACAGAAUCUAUUAGCUUUCAUAGAAGUUUAAAGCCUAUCCUUUCUCUUUCUCCAAUUCAAAGUAAAUCCAAAUCCUUUAGAGUAAUUAGAAAUGUAUCUGAAGAAACUGAAAGAUAUGAAGGAGUUUCAGAUCAAUUCGAAAGAUCUGUCAGUAAAACAUCUCUCAAGAAGGUUUCAAACGGAAAUUCAUGUCUGACAGCACAGACUUUUGAGUAUGACAGGAAAAAGUACCAGUCAAAUAGACUGAGUUCAUCUGAACUACAGAUGCUGGCCAGCACGAAGAGACAACAAAAUGAAGAAUUAUGGGAUGCUGGGAUUUCCCAUGGGCUGGGUGCCACACUGAUCGAUUGCUGCAAUGUCACCCUAAGUAUGAGCAGUGAUGAUGCUACAGCAACCUGGAACUCUGGUUUCUCACCACCUGUCAGUCAGCAGCAUCACUAUCAGAAAGAAAUGAGCCCACUUUCCCAUUCCAGCCCACGGGACUCGUUAAAUGUGUUCAGUCCCCCUGUCAUUCCUGUAAGCCAACAACUAGAAGAGAACAUUAAAUCUUCAACAAAACAGAGACCUCCAGGUGAAGAUCACCCCAGUGCUGAAGAAGAUGAGCAAGUUUUGACUCUUUUGUAUGAUCCAUUUCUGAACUGUUACUUUGACCCAAAUUCUGGGAAAUGCUAUGAAUUGGCAUAGUCAGAACA